AUGGCACCUCAGCGGAGGGGUGCUCCCAAGGCCCCCGAGAGCAGCGGGGCGGCGGAGCGCCGGCGCCAGAGCAGCACCAAGAGUAUCCGGGCGCCUUGGGAUGUGCGCAAGAAGUGGUUGAGAGUUGCUGUCCUGGGGUCCUGCACUGCGCUCGCCGCCUGCCUGUUCUGGGGCAGCCUGGGGGGUGAUGACGGCAUCACUGAGGUCCUGGCUCACCGCAGCGAGAUCCUGCCAGGCAGGUUCAUCGAGGUGCCCUGCUCUGAGGACUAUGACAGUCACCGAAGGUUUGAAGGCUGCUCCCCGAGGAAGUGUGGCCGGGGCAUUAGCGAUGCCGUCAUCACGAGGGACGAAGCCCGGAGGAUUCGCAGCAUAGCUGAGAAGGGGUUGUCCCUGGGAGGAUCCGAUGGAGGGGCGUCCAUCCUGGACCUGCACUCAGGGGCCUUGUCUGUUGGGAAGCACUUUGUAAAUCUGUACAGAUACUUUGGGGAUAAAAUACAAACUAUCUUCUCAGAAGAGGACUUCCAGUUGUACCGGGAUGUGCGGCAGAAGGUCCAGCUGGCGAUUGCCCAGGCGUUUGGCAUCAGUGCAUCUUCGCUGCACCUGACAAAGCCCACCUUCUUUUCCCGCAUCAACAGCACGGAGGCCCGGACGGCUCACGACGAAUAUUGGCACGCGCACGUGGACAAGGUGACCUAUGGUUCCUUUGACUACACGUCGCUACUGUACCUUUCCGACUACCUGGACGACUUUGGUGGGGGGCGAUUUGUGUUCAUGGAGGAGGGGGCCAACAAGACGGUGGAGCCGAGAGCAGGUCGUGUAUCCUUCUUCACCUCCGGGUCUGAGAACCUGCAUCGGGUGGAGAAGGUCCACUGGGGCACCCGCUACGCCAUCACCAUUGCCUUCACCUGCAACCCCGACCAUGGCAUCUUGGACCCCACACUCACGUAG